AUGUCCGAUUGGGAGACAGCAUCAGGAAUCAGUUCACUCAGCUCAGAAUCCGCCGAGCAUAAUGAAUUACUCAGAUUGCUUCGCGGGAUCAACGAAAAGCUUUCCCGGGAUCUUGAUAUCCAAUUACCUGUCAACGGCUCCACGCCCAAUCAACCUAGUGCUACUCGACCUGAUGCUGUUCGAACUGACAUCUGGCGAUGGUAUGAAGACACCUACUCUGGGCCAAAAAUGGCGGUUUCUAUCGAACUACCACCGUCCAGACCAGCUUCGCCAAUAAGGGGCAAAACUUCCCAACAUAAUAAAAUUGAAUCUGUUAAAAAUGACCUUAAUUUUUACGAGUGUCUAGAUAAAUUGUCAGAGGGGUUGAGAUCUUGGUGUCAUCCAUACUCAGCUACUCCACUCGACGAUUCUGAUGCCUUGAAAUUCUGCACAGAAGUUCUGACAGACUGUCUUGGUUAG